AUGUCGAUCCCCGAAUCUGAAUAUCUCAGCCCCGUCUGGAAGGAUGGACUGUUCAACGGGCGCGUGGUCUUUGUGACGGGAGGCGCUGGUACGAUAUGCAGCGCUCAAACGCGAGCUAUGGUGAGGCUCGGCGCCGAUGCUUGCAUCAUCGGUCGCAACGUUGAAAAGACCGAGAAGGCGGCCAAAGACAUCGCGACGGCAAGGAAGGGUGCUAGGGUGAUUGGCAUUGGUGGCUGCGAUGUGCGAAGCUACGAGAGCCUUGCCAGCGCGGCGGGCCGCUGUGUGAAGGAAUUGGGCGGUAUAGAUUUCGUUAUUGCCGGAGCAGCCGGUAAUUUCGUGGUACCCUUAUCUAGGAUGAGCCCGAACGCCUUUAAAGCGGUAAUCGACAUCGACGUCAUUGGCACCUUCAACACCGUCAAAGCCACCAUCCCUCACCUCGUCGAGUCCGCCAAGCGAAACCCCCUCCCCAGCAAAGACGGCCUCACAGGCGGCCGCAUCAUCGCCAUCUCCGCGACCUUCCACUACACCGGUAUGCCUCUCCAGGGCCACGUCGCGGCCGCCAAAGCUGGCGUCGACUCGCUCAUGGCAUCUGUCGCGCUCGAGUACGGACCCUUCGGCGUCACUAGCAACGUCAUAGCGCCGGGCCCCAUCGCAAACACCGAGGGAAUGUCGCGACUCAGCGGUGUCGGCGACGAUGUUAUGGGGAAGCGCAUCCCGUCUGGGAGGCUGGGCAGUGUGAGGGACAUUUCUGACGCGACGAUUUACCUGUUUAGCGAUUCGGGUUCGUACGUCAACGGGCAUGUUCUUGUGGUGGAUGGCGCGCUGUGGAGGAUGGGCGGGUCGGUUGGUGUUGGGACGGAAAUUGGGGUGCAGUAUCCCGAUUUCUUGUUUACGGGACAGAUUGCUAAGGGUCUUGCUGGACAAAAGGGCUCCAGCUCGAAGUUAUAG